CAGCCUGCAGCCACCAUGCUGGCCCCGGGCAGCGGCCCCGAGCUGAGGACCUGGUUUGCCCCGCUGUGGAGGCAGAUCUCUUGUGAGUGGAGGGGGGUCGGCUUAGCGGCGAUGCGGGGAUGCUCUUCCCAGCUGCGGCGAUGCGGGGAUGCGCUUCCCAGGCGUCCACGGCCUGGGUCUGGGAAGCAGGGCCCCGUCCCCGCAGCCCUGCCCGCGGUGCCGGGGGAAGAGCUGCUUCUGAGCUCUGUGGUGGGCGGGUCGGGAGCAGGGGCUCCACAGGCAGUUCUGCCCCCCCAGGUGGGUCUGCUCCUGCCCCCAGUGGCCCAGCCCCUGCAAGUCCUGCUUCUCUAAUGGCAAACCUCCCUCUCCCUGCUCGGCCAUCAGCUGCGUGGGCCUGGAGGCCUCUCUUAGGGCUCAGCCCCCGUAGCUCCGGGACGGAAGGAACCAGUGGGCUCUGGGGACGUGACACUGGAAGGGACCUUAGGGAGGGGGUCCAGCCCCUCCUCCUGCACAUAGGGAAACCAAGGCCGCCCACUUCCCACAAGGGAACCUCGUGAGCUGUCGGGUGAAGGAAGCCCUGGGAAUUCUCUUCACGAGGUGAAGGGUCAAGGCUACAGGGUAAGAGGUAAGAAUGGUCUCGAGAGACGCCCCUCAGCCUGACUUCUGUCCUCGCACGGUCAGCCCUGUGAUGCUGCCGCCCCAAGACACAAGCAGCCUGAAUUAUUCACCGCGCAGAGCAGCUGAUCCUGAGGGACCCAGCUCCCCUUUCAACCUCCUUUCGAAUCACUCAACACCUCGCAACACAGGGCUCUGUUUUCUUGUCACUAGAGCUUUUACGCCAGCCUGAAUUUCUUGGAGGUGGGGGGCAGUGACCCGUAGUUAUGCUGGUCCUUUUGAGAGGGAGGCUGGAUGGGUUGAAUGUUUUUCCAGGGAAAGUGAGGUCUGAGGAAUUCAGGUGACUUCCAGAAGGCACGGCGGGGGUAGUCUGAUAGGCUGACCUGGCCGCAGACAGCUCAGAGAGCGGGAGGGUCAGCGGCCCAGCAGGUGACCUCAGGUGGCCGGAAGGGCUUCCAGUUGGCGUCCAUGGCCGUGCCUGUGCUCAUUUCCCCCCGAGAACAAAGACGCUCAGGUGUCAGCCUGGCAGGUGCCUCUCAGGAGUCACUGACCCUCCAGGAACGGGGGGUACCGUCCCGCCCUGUUCCGCCAGGGUCUGCCCUUGGGGACACCAGACACCAGACCCCUAGUAGACACAGACUCAGGACCGUCCCCUCCAGACCCUGGUCAGGGCAGCUGCUGCCCCUUCAGGUGGAGCCAAGCGGCCAUCACUCCUCGGCUGGGGCCUUUCCUCCCGGCCCGGUGGGAUCCUCCCUUCCCCUUCCCCAGGGACACCCUGGGGACAGUUGGGGGCUUUGCAGCCACUCUUAGAAGGGUGGGCCACGGAACGAGCUGCCUGUGGGACUGUUCUCUGAGCACCCGUCCCCCUGCAGCCCUGCCACAGGGGCACUGGGCAAAACAUGGGACCGUGAAAGGAAUUCUGUCAACAGAUCUGUCCUGCGGAAAUUGGGGACAGGAGCCCAGGCUAAGGGCAAGGCGGCUGUAGAGUCAGAACAGAUGUGGGACUUGCUCCGGGCCCACAACUUACGGGGCUCACGCCCCAGCAUCCUCCACGUGGACGUGGAACUUGGCGUCUCACUCCGCCGUUUCCACAGUGGUCUCUGGGGUGGGUCCUAGGCGGGCCCGGGCUCCCUCCUUACCCUGAGUCGCUGGCCCACCUUGGAGGUGGGACUCACGCAGACCAGGGAGGUGGUGGCAGGGGUCGGUGUGCCCCUUCGUGCGUGCAGCGCGGCCCCUCCCAUGCACGCCGUCAGCCCCGUGCAGCUCCAGGUGGCGGGGGGCGGCGCAGAGGGGAAGGAAGCAGAGCCGUUUUCUCUGGACAGAAUCCUUCCAUGGCAGCGGCCCUGGGAGAGGAACAUGGGGUGGCUCCUCUGACACCCUCAUAUCUUCUGUCGCGUCAGCGUCUGUGGUGUCAGGGCGGGGGGCAGGCUCCCGAGGGGAUCCGCCGUGUGGGGACCCCGGGUGCCCGGCGGUGUCCGUCCACACGGACGUGCUGCGGGGGGUUAGUUCUGUUUUUACGUGGUCAGCAAGCGCUAAGGCACCGCUCAUGGUUGGACCAGAGGGGAUCAGUGCAAGGCCGCGUGCUGGGAAUUGGAUGGGAGGGGAAGGCGGCGGGAGCUGGCGCCCCGCUGUCCUUCCAUCCCCCGUCUGUCCCCCAGGGCUCACCUGCUGGAUUGCCCUGUGCACGGCGGAGGCCCUCCCCGCCUGCCCCUUGCCCUGCACGUGUGACGGCCACGGCCUGCAGGUGGACUGCAGCGGCCGGGGCCUCACCGCGCUGCCCCCGGACCUGCCGGCCGCCACCCGCACCCUCCUGCUCCUGAACAACAGGCUGAGCUUCCUGCCCGGCGGGGCCUUCGCCAGCCUGUCGGGCCUGCAGCGGCUGGACCUCUCCAACAACUUCCUGGACGGGCUGCCGCGCACCGCCUUCGGGGAGCUGGCCAACCUGACGGAGCUGCAGCUGCGCAAUAACAGCCUCCGCGCCCUGGACCCCGAGCUGCUGCGGCCCCUGCCGCGCCUGCGCCACCUCGACCUGUCCCUCAACGGCCUGGCCCGGCUCCCGCCCGGCCUCUUCGACGGGCUCCCCGCCCUGCGCUCCCUGUUCCUGCGCGCCAACCGCCUGCAGAGUCUGGACCGGCGGACCUUCGAGCCCCUGGCCGGCCUGCAGCUGCUGCAGGUGGGGGACAACCCCUGGGAGUGUGACUGCCACCUGCGGGACUUCAAGCACUGGCUAGAGUGGUUCUCCUACCGAGGGGGGCGCCUGGAUCAGCUGACCUGCACCCUGCCCAAGGAGCUCAGGGGGAAGGACAUGCGCGCGGUCCCCAUGGAGAUGUUCAACUACUGCUCCCAGCUGGACGGCCAGCAGAGCUCAGCCGGGCUGGAGGUCCCCGGGCCGCCCUGCACCAAGGCCAGCCCGGAGCCUCCCAAGCCCAAGCCGGGCCCCGAGCCCGAGCCUGAGCCCAGCACCGCCUGCCCCCAGAAGCAGAGGCCGCGGCCCGUGAGCGUGCGGCGGGCCAUCGGCACCGUGAUCAUCGCGGGGGUGGUCUGCGGUGUGGUCUGCAUCAUGAUGGUGGUGGCCGCUGCCUACGGCUGCAUCUACGCCUCCCUCAUGGCCAAGUACCAUCGGGAGCUCAAGAAGCGCCAGCCCCUGAUGGGAGACCCGGAGGGCGAGCACGAAGACCAGAAGCAGAUCUCCUCUGUGGCCUGAGAGCCCAGGGAGGGGCCGGGGGGGCACGCCAGCCCUGCCUCUCCCGCCCCCUUUCCACCUUCCUCCCAGCCUGCCAGCAGACGGGCCCGUGUCUCCACGGACUCCGGAGUGUCCGCAAGAUACCAGUAUGCUGACGCUCCUCGCUGGACCACCAACGCUCUGGACCAUGGGCAGAAAAGACGUGUGUGCGAGCAAAGGCUCCCGGACCCAGCGCCCCUGUGCCCCUGCGGCUCCCGGCACAGUCACAGCCGGUGACGCCCCCCACCUCAUCUGCAUCUAGGGGGUGCGGGGCCGGUUUCUGCGACUCUCUUCUAAGCCAGGAAGAUGUUGGGCCCAGCUCCCGAUGGCUGGUUCCACUGUGCAUUCAGACCAGCCCAGCCAUCUGGACCAGCACUUGGCAACCCAGCACCACGCCCUCGCCAAAGCCAUCUGUCCCUGCAUCACCAGCCACCCAGCUCCGGGUCACUAGUCAUUCUCACUCAAGCUCGGCGUCACACACAUAGUCACGUAGGGACAGAGGUCGUGGGACCUCGGGGGGCAGAGCCAGGCGUCCCCCGUGGUCUCGGCCCUCGGGCCACACAACCUCCUGCUUGCUUAUGCAACCUCCUGCAGCGGAUGGGGAGAAACCCAAACCCACGGCACAAGGAUUCCUUCCAGAUCCUCUCAAGAGGCCAAGGUGGUGCUGCCGGAUGAGACUGCCCGUCACCAUGGUAACCCGCUCACACCUCUCCUGCUGGGAUUUCCAGGGACGCCUGCCCAGAGGCCUGGAAGCUGCGGCGUGUGUGGACGGUGGCCUCCCCAGAGCCCGGCCACGCACCACCGGACUCAUCCUCAGCGCUGCCGAAGUACGUCCCUGCCAGGCCCCGUGGGGACCCGCACCACUCCCACUCCCACAGCCUGCGGCCCGAGAACCGCUGCUCUGCACCUCUCACUGCCAUGCCCCACCCUCAGCAUCUCCGGGCCCGUGACCUCAGGGCGGGGACUGGCUCAUCCUCUGUGACCCUCCUGCCAGCAUAUACCAAACAGACCCCGGGAGCAGGGAAAGGACCCCCCGGUUCUGCUCAGAGGUCUCAGUAAUGGGGUCCUUUUCCCAGCGUUCUGUCAGCUCAGUCUGGCUUCCCGGAGUCCUCGUGGCACCUGGACUGGGGCCCAAACCGGAGCAAGGGCCCAGGGGCCCAUCUGCUCGUUACCUGUAACCCCCCCAAAGGGACAGAAGCUGGGGGUGGGCGUGGGAGGCGGCAGUGCAGGGUGGGGUCCACCGGCCCCCUCUCCGAUGUCUGCCCCCCGGGGGAGUGCGAUCCCGGUGAGUCCUGGGCCUCCCUCUGCCGGACGUCAGCCUCCCCGCCGCUUACGGAGGGUCAGGGGCCAGCAGGCCAGUUUCUGGCUCUGCGACGGCUGGGAGUCUACGGAGUGGCCCGGGGGAGGCCGUCAGAACAUGGCUCUGAGGCAGGCCAGGGGUCGAGGGGGCCGGGCGCAGGCUGCCCACCGGGCUGGCCUGCGGUCUCCCUCCUUCUGGGGCGCCGGCCGACACCAGGCCUGGGGGUUUUCUAGAGGGGGUCAGGGAAGGCUGGACGUUGUCAGUGGUGGUGUCUCCAGCCUAAGACAGAAGAUUUUUAAAGGCAAAAUUAUAUUUCUG